AUGAUCGACGAAACUGCGGCUGUGCGUUUCCCAGUGGGCAAACGCUUUGGGCAGUGGGUAAUACUAAAAAAGAUCGAUGAGGGCGGAUUCGGUCAAGUAUAUAAGGUUGAAAACAUGAUAACUAAGAAAGUAGCGGCUCUAAAAGCAGAAUCAAACGAUAUUGAAGGAGGAUCAGCACUAAAACUCGAGAUGACUGUAAUGAGAACUAUCACUGCAGACGGCGAGAAACCGCACGUGCCAACCGUAUUUCAUGCUGCAAAACAUAGAAGAUUCUGUUAUAUGAUAAUGACAUUACUCGGAGAAAAUCUUAAAGAGCUUAAGUUAAACUGUCCAAAAGAAUAUAUGACUGCAAAAACAUGGUCUCGGAUAGCGAUACAAUGUUUAUAUAGCGUAAAACUCGUUCAUGACUACGGUUUCGUGCAUCGAGAUAUAAAGCCGAAUAAUUUUGUGAUGGGUUAUCGAGAGGACUAUGAGAGGGCACGACUCGUUCACAUUCUUGACUUUGGUCUUUCCAGAUCGUAUGCAAUUCGGAUGAGUGAUGGGAAGUGGGUGGCUAGGCGAGCUCGAGGAACAGCAGAAUUUCGAGGCACACUACGUUAUUGCUCACCUAACGUGCAUGAAAAGAAGGAACAAGGAAGAAGAGACGACCUCUGGUCACUUUAUUAUGUCUUUAUUGAAUUGCAUUGCGGACUCCCAUGGCAAACUUUACGUGACAAGCAAAAAGUAGAAAUGCUAAAAAUGCAUAUGAGCGACAAAGACCUCGUGCUUAAUUUCCCAGUUGAGUUGCAUGGCAUAGUGCCUUACCUACGAACAUUGGAUUAUUAUCAACGACCUGACUACACGAUGUUUUACGAAGGCUUGGUAGCAGUGAUGAAGCGAGUGGGAGCGAAAGCUUCAGAUCCAUAUGACUGGGAAAAUCCGGAAACUGUUAAGAACAUUCAGAAACAUCUGAAAGGCCCAUACGCCUGGGAAAAUGCGGCGGAUUUCUUUAAAAGUGACCCAGUCAAAGUAAACUGCGCUCCUCCACCAAAAGCAUCAAAGAAACGUAGACAAGAGCUUAAGUUCAUGCUUGAGCACAGUGAAAAUAAAGAGUUGUCAGAUCACACUACAGCCAGCACAGAUGUUGACAAAAAAGAAGUGACAUCUGAGUUAACAAUGACAGAUGUUGAUAAGCGAUUAGCGGUCUUCGGAGUAAUGAGGAAAUCAUCGACAUUGGGAAUGUUAAAGGAACAAGUAGUCAAGAAAAAAGCAGUGGCUGUAUCCAAGACACCAGGCGAUGCUAGAAAACAAAAAUCCGAUACGGCCGAAGAUUUGAUGAGAAAAGAGAGAGUGGAACGAAAAGAGGGAGGAAAGCCUAAAGAAAGGGAAGAAAAGAAGAAAGUACAAGACGUCAGAGAAAGGAUCGAAAAAAGAGUGCCAAAACCAGGAGAGAAGGAAUCCAAACAAGAAGUCGUAGUUGCCAAAGGAAAAGUUGGAGAAAAGUUAACAAAACCUAAAAAGGAAGAUGGAGAUGAAAAGAGGAAGACAAUAGAUUCGAGAGAAAAAAUCAAACCGGAAGAGAUGGCGAAAGAGAAGGAGGAGAAGAAAAAAACUGUCGAUUCGAAAGAAAAGGUGGAGAAAGUUGGAGGAAAGCCAGAGACUAUCCCUUCUAAGCAGGACUCCAAAGAAGCAGAAGGAAAGAGAAAAGAAGAUGAAAAAAAGAUUGUUCCUAUUGUUCCUUCGAAAGAAAAGAGUGAAAAGGAAGUAGAAAAGAAAAAACAGGAAGAGAAAAAGACCUUCCCUUCUGCGGAAAAGGAAAUGGAUGAGAAGGAAGAGGGCAAGAAGAAAGAGGAGGACAAAAAGAAGAGCGCCACUUCGAAAGAAGGGAUUGAGAAAGAGGACGAGAAACCGAAUCCGGAGAGGAUGAAGACCGUCGCUUCGAAACAGAAGGAAGAGAAGGAAGAAGGGAAGCAAGGGAGCAAAGAAGACACAAAAGGGCUUCUCGCUUCAAAAGAUAUGAUUAAAAAUGAAGAAGGGAAGUUAAAAGACGACGACAAGAUGAAAGACAUCGCUUCAAAACAGAAAGCCGCAAGUGAGGAGGAGAAGCCGAAAGAAAAAGGGAAGGUCGUACUCAAAUCACAAGAAGAUAAACUUUCAAAAGAAAAAGGGAACUUAGAAAGUAAAGAAAAAUCUGAAAACCCUUUCGGAGAAAAGAAAACCCCGAAUUCAAAAGAUAUAUUAGGGAAAGAGAAUGUUGCAAAAGCUAAAGAACCCAAGUCCUUCGAACCCGAAGGCAAAAAUAAAUCCCGCGAAAACGGAAUGCAAAAGCCGAGCCAGUCAAAGGAGCCUUCAAAUGCUGUACCUUCCACUUAA